AAGACCUUGUAACUGCAAAAAAGUGAUGCAUCCUUCCAUAUAUACAUAGUACAUAACACAUUUAUUACUCCAUCAAUAAAUAUUUCAUCUUUCUUGCUUCCUUCCUAGUGAACCCAACCCAAAUUUCACCACACCCACUAGGAGGAAAUUCCCACAACAUUUUCUCCACAUGGGCCUUCCAAGAUCAGAACCAACUCCCUCUGAAACUUCAUCCCUCAUCUCAGUUUCAGAGCCUCAACCAUGCCCAAAACCAAAAGAGGGAAAAAAGCAGGAAAAGGAAGAGCUUUUAUUGGAUCUAAGCCUCUCUAGCAAGGAUUCCAAUGGUGGGUCGAUGCCAGAACUCAAUCUCAUCGACUCUUUCGUUGUAAACUCACCUCAAGGGAAUGAAACAGAGCCGCGGGUUUUCUCGUGCAACUAUUGCCAGAGGAAAUUUUACAGCUCACAAGCACUUGGAGGGCACCAAAAUGCGCACAAGCGGGAGCGGACGCUUGCAAAAAGAGGUCAGAAAAUCAGCGCCGGUUUCGGAAACCGAUACCCCAUCAUGGCUUCUCUGCCUCUGCAUGGCUCUUGCAACAGGUCUCUUGGAAUUCAGGUGCACUCCAUGAUUCAGAAGCCGGCUCACCAAUCAUCAACCGUUGGCUCCUCUUAUCUCUACUGCCAAAAUGGGUGGUCGAGACAGCCGUUGGAUCAGCAGCCAGCUGUCGGACGGCUUGCACCGGAUACUUACGCCGGAGUGCCAAUAUCGUCGCCCGCGAGUGGCGGAGCCGCAAGAUUCGAUAGCGUUCGUAAUUUUUCUCCGGCGACGACUGAGGGAAUCGGAGGGUUCUGGUGGGAUACCGUUGGGCGUUUGAAGACUAAGCAAGACGAGUUGCAGCAGCUUGACUUGUCCCUUAAGCUCUAAGUAGUUUUCUUUUUUCCCCAUCUCUCUUUCUUUCUUCUGUUUUUUUUUUUUUUUUUCUCCAAUUUAAUUCUGUCUUUUUUUUCUUUUCUUUUUUUAUUUCCAAUUGAUUUAGAAGUGAUUUUUCAUUUGAUGUUUCUGGUUGGAACUUUUGUAAAUGCUAUUUGGUAGAUUUGGUUUUGUGGAACUUUACUUGCUAAAACAAGUCUAUGGGUUUG